AUGCGACUGCUAAAUACAACGACACUUCGGCUCGCCGACUUCGUCGGGAAGGCUCCCCCAUACGCGAUCCUUUCACACACGUGGGGAGAUGAAGAGGUUCUCUUCGCCGAUGUCAGCAACCCAGCCAUCCCAAAAGCAGGAUGGUCCAAGGUCCGGAGCUCUUGUAACUUGGCACGGAAUUUGGGGCAUACUUGGAUUUGGAUCGAUACGUGCUGUAUCGAUAAGUCCAGCAGCGCCGAGUUAUCCGAGGCGAUCAACUCGAUGUUCAAGUUUUACCAAAAGGCAGUCAUAUGCAUAGCCUACCUUUCAGACAUCAUGUAUCCGGAUUCAAAGACGGAUAUACCCAAGGACAUUCCCAAAAGUCGCUGGUUCACACGUGGAUGGACUCUGCAGGAGCUCCUAGCGCCCAGGAACCUCGACUUUUACUCAUCGGACUGGAAACUCCUGGGAUCUCGUUCAGAAUUUCGAGACUUAAUUUCCCGGGUGACUGGCAUUGGGCGAAGCUUCAUUGGUGGAGGAGAUAAUCACACUGUGCGUCUGGCGACGGCGAGCGUGGCGGAGCGAAUGUCUUGGGCUUCUAAGAGAAGAACUACCCGUCCAGAAGAUAUUGCCUACUGUUUGCUCGGCAUCUUCGGCAUCAACAUGCCGCUGAUCUACGGAGAAGGCGACAAAGCCUUCAGGCGACUCCAGCAGGCUAUACUCUACGAAAUUGAUGAUCCAUCCAUUUUCGCAUGGGGUUACAAGCAAGCCGGCGUGCCGGCAACGACCCUCUCGAGAUGGACAUCACCCCUCAUUGCUGGACAUCCGUCCUGGUUCAGGGAAUCAGGAGACAUUGUGCCGUUCUUCACAGCCGACGAAGCAAUGCUUACGUUGCAUGCUGGCAUUGGAGUCACAAUUACAACUCCCCUCAUGCAGGAACUAUCGCUCCCAAGACCACACCAACAACCACACCAAUUUCCGCGGAGCCUGGAUGGUGAUAAGACUCUACCCUAUGGGGCAGCGUGUAUGCCUGAGCACACGCAAAAGGGCAUGGAGAUCUUGCUGGCGCCUUUGAAAUGUCGACGAAAGAGCGAUCACUUCAAUUGCAUUGCAAUACCUCUUUGCAAGGCCACGAUUAAAAAGUCGGUUUUUGAUAAUCACGUGUCCUUCUCGUGCUAUCGGGUUUCCCAUGCAAUCUUUUAUGCUCCCAGGAGUGUGUGGAUGCCGGAGAAUUUGUGCAAGCCUUUGAUACACUUUCAGAGCAACUUCGACAAGGAAAGUAUGAGCGGCAAGAAUGAGAAUGGCUGCAUCAUUCGAACUCUACCUCACGGAUACAGUCUUGCCUCCCACUACUAUAGCACGUCGAACAUUCUCAACCCAGGACCCCACAAACUGCCAAACAUCAUCCCAACAGACCAAGGACACUGGAAUUUAAUCAAGCUUGAGGGGAAAUCACCGCCGAGUCUUGCACUUGUGGUUGCUGGACCGAGAGCUUACACCGCAUUUCUGCCGUCGCCCUCUGCCACGGAAGACGUCCCAUACAUGACGUCUAACCGGCCUCUGGCGGCAGAGGCUGUUAUGAAUGAAAUAUACUCAUUACGCCCUUCCGAAACUUUCAAAGUUAGCGUCACUCAGUCUGCAGCUUACGGUUCAUUCAUUUGGCUUGUGGAUGUCGUAGACCUACAAGGAGCCAACACAUCAAUGGAGACUGAUGCUCUUACAGGGGCCUUUGCACCUAUUCGGCCUUGGUCUCCUAUAGACAGAAACGACGCAGACGAAAGGGUCCAAAGCCAUAGUCUACGCUCUUCAUCAUACUCAACAGAUCUCAGUUCCUUGAGAAUUAAGGCGCGGAAUAAUAGUAGCUGCGAAGCUGUUGGGGGUCUAACUCCACCUUCCGACGGGACGUACGAUUCACAAGAACUAUGA